GUCACCAUCUAUAAUUUCUGGAAUUUUCCAGAGGGGUUUGAGAGAAAACGCGGUCGUUUCAUAGCGUGAUUUGAUUUCAGAUCCAAGGUCGAGGUUUUGGUGGGUCGAACAAGAACCGAAGAUCCGAACAGAGAUCACAGCCGAGACUGUAAAUUUCAUUUUCGAAUCGAAACACAUCUUUCGGGCCCUUCAAUUUGAUUUUCUACUCAUGGAGGAGUUGAGAUCUGCAAUGGAGGAACAUAUGGACCAAAUGGCGGAUCUGAUUCAGAAAAUUUCCUCCGAACUCCGAUCCGGUAUCCGUCCCGCCGUCGAUAAUUUCGUCGGUUUCUUCCACGCCAUUGACUGGAAGGAACCUUGGUUAAUGGGGUUAUUGGGUUUUCAUGGAUUGUUGCUGAUAAUAACUAUCUUUACAAGGAAACGUACUAACUUUCAGAUGUUCUUGUUCCUUCUUGCACUGGCUGGCGUAUAUUUUGCUGAAAGAAUCAAUAGAAUAUUGAGCAAAAACUGGAAGAAUUUCGCCACCCAGAACUAUUUUGAUCCAAAUGGAGUUUUCCUAUCAGCACUCUGGUCUGGGCCACUGCUUGUAAUUUCAAUGAUAAUCCUGAUAAACACGCUCUUUACGUUAUGCUUUCUAGUAGUCAGAUGGAAGAGAGCUGAGCUUCGACAUCGUGCGAGACUUUCACAGAGUAAAGAAGAUUGACCCGAAAAGAGGAGUUUUUAGCUUUGAUGUCUUUUGCUGGUAGCUUGUAGCUGUGUAUCCUAUCCUUCACGGAGAUCGUUGGACUGAUACGAGUACAAUGCAAGGAGUGAGGAGAGGUUUUGGUUACUCUUUUUUUUCUUAUUUAUUGACUAGAAUAUCCAUAGAUAUUAUUGUGAUCAACUUUAUACAACAUUGGCUCACUUUAUGCAGCUUGAAUUUCAUCAGUGAGUAAUAUUUUUAGUCAUUACUGAUUUCAUUCGCCGAAGAUUCGAUAUCGUAUAAAAGGAAGGGAAAAAAAAAAAGCUUUUCUCCAAUCUCUUGAAAAUGUAGAUGGCAUCCUGAAAAUAUUGAUGUUAUUACCUAUGACAGAUUCAAAUAAUAUAUGUUGUUACAAGAUA